UGGCAGUGGAGAUCAGCAGCCAGCAGUGGUCCUCUUUCUCCUUUUUCCUCUGUAAUGGCCGUUCUUUUGGUUUCUUUUCUAUAUUUUAAGGGUAAGACAGAAUGUCCUUCUCUCUCUUACUUUCUCGGACUUUGGACUCUAAUGGAGCCCCGCCCCGAGUCAUGGACACUUUUUUUUUUCUCUCUCUCUGCCCUUGCGACUGCCACACUACAUUCUCCUGCUACCCUUUUCUUCCCCAGCUUAGUGCUACAACAAUCACCAUUAGCAAUGGCGGGAUUAAACAAACUCCACUUCCGCGCCUGAUUAUCCUUCUUUCUUUCUAGGGUUCCCUCUUUUCUACCCGCGCCGCCCACCCCACUUCCAUUUGUUCCCUCUCCUCAUCCUUCUUCGCAUUUUCAAUUUUUCAUGGGAGCUAGCUAGCUAACUUUCACUCUAGUAGCUUACUACAACCAUGCUCUGCUUCAAAUUCUUCCUCUGCCUCCUUCUUCUGGCCUCCGCCGCCGGCGUUCACUCUCUUGACCCGACGCUGAACGACGACGUCCUGGGCCUAAUCGUUUUCAAAGCGGGACUCAGCGACCCUCAUUCCAAGCUUGUUUCCUGGAACGAAGACGACCCGACUCCCUGCAACUGGGUCGGAAUCCAAUGCAGCCCGGUUACCAGUCGGGUCACUCAUCUCCUUCUCGACGGAUUUUCCCUCUCCGGCCACAUUGGCCAUGGCCUCCUCCGUCUCCCGUUCCUCCGGAUUCUUUCCUUGUCCAGAAACAACUUCACUGGCGAGAUAAACCCCGAUCUUCCUCGCCUGCUCCCAGGUCUUCGGGUCGUCGACUUGACCGACAACCAUCUCUCGGGCGAAAUCCCCGACGGCUUCUUCCAGCAAUGCGGCUCCCUCAGGUUCGUUUCCUUCGCCAGAAACGACUUGACCGGCCGGAUUCCAGCUUCCUUGACAGCUUGCUCCACGCUCUCGACGCUCGAUUUCUCCUUCAACCGUCUCUCAGGUGAACUUCCCACUGGUUUGUGGUCUUUGACUGGGAUUAAAUCUCUUGAUUUGUCUGAUAAUUCGCUGGAGGGAGAGAUUCCUGAAGGAAUUUCGAGCUUGCCCGACUUGAGAACCGUUAGUUUUAGGAAGAACAGCUUCUCCGGCCAGCUCCCGCCUGAUAUAGGAAGCUGCCCGGCUGUGAAAGAAGUCGACUUCAGUGAGAACUCCCUAUCUGGUCCCUUACCGGAGACAUUGCGCAAGCUUAAGUCCUGUGUGUCUCUGAGUCUCGCCGGAAAUUCAUUCACAGGACAAGUCCCCCACUGGAUAGGAGAACUCACUAGCCUAGAAAGUCUGGAUCUUUCUGCUAAUAACAUUUCCGGCAUUGUUCCCACCUCAAUAGGCAGACUUAGUCAGCUGAAGCAUUUGAAUCUGUCAAUGAACCAGCUCCUGGGAGAUUUGGCAGAGUCUAUUUCGAGUUGCCGUAACCUUUUCAGCCUAGAUGUCAGUCGCAAUCAGCUUGCCAGUAGUAACCUUUCUUCAUGGCUGUUCAACUUGGCUGCUCUUCACAACCUCGAGGCGUUAAAUCUGUCUUCAAAUGCCCUCUCUGGUGAAAUCCCUCCCAGCAUUGGUGCUCUCGCUAGCUUGCUGGUGCUUGAUCUAAGUUCGAACAUGUUGAAUGGAACCAUACCUUCUGAAAUUGGUGCAGCAGUUUCACUAGUGAAACUCAACUUGAAUAACAACUUGCUCACAGGCAACAUUCCGUCUGAUAUCAACAACUGCUCCUCUCUAACAUCUCUAAUCUUGUCAAAGAACAAACUCACAGGUCCAAUCCCAGCAGCCAUUGGAGACCUCACCAGCCUCGAGUUCAUCGACCUAUCUUUCAACAACUUCACCGGUACCUUGCCCAAGGAGCUAACCAAUCUCUCCCACCUCUUAUCCUUCAACAUAUCUCACAACAACUUGCAAGGAGAGCUCCCAGUUGGUGUUUUCUUCAAUUCCAUCCCACCUUCAUCUGUAGCGCAUAACCCUUCAUUAUGUGGAUCCGUAGUGAAACGAUCAUGCCCUUCCAACCAUCUCAAGCCAAUAGUCCUUAACCCCGACUCUGCAUCAUCCGACUCAUCUCCCGAAUCCUCAUCGAGCCAUCACUAUCAUCGAAAAGUCGUGCUAAGCAUCUCGGCUCUGAUAGCAAUCGGUGCAGCCGCCUUCAUCACCCUCAGCGUUAUAGCUAUCACCCUCCUCAACAUCCACGUGAGAUCGUCCAUCUCACGCACAGCUGCAGCAGCAGCAGUAGCAUUCUCUGGUGGUGGCGAAGACUUCAGUUGUUAUUCAUCCGGUAGUGAUUCGAACUACGGCAAGCUCGUCAUGUUCUCCGGAAAAGCUGAUUCUCUCGCCGGUUGUCAUGAUUUGCUCAACAAGGACUUCGAAAUCGGGCGUGGCGGGUUUGGAGUCGCUUACAAGACAAUGCUCCAAGAUGGUCGAUCCGUGGUUAUCAAGAAGCUAGCAGUUUCGAGUCUGGUGAAAUCCCAGCACGAGUUCGAGAGGGAAGUGAAGAAGCUUGGGAAAGUGAAGCACCGUAAUCUCGUGGCGAUGGAAGGCUAUUACUGGACUCCGUCGCUGCAGCUUCUCAUUCACGAAUGUGUAUCCGGGGGAAGCUUGUAUAAGAAUCUUCACGAUGAAGCAAGUAGGUGUCUACCGUGGCGGCAGAGGUUCAAUGUGAUUUUAGGAAUGGCGAGGGGGAUUGCGCUGUUGCAUAGCAUGGAUGUUGUUCAUUACAAUCUGAAAUCGAGUAAUGUGCUGAUCGACGAAGGCGGCGAGGCCAAGGUAGGGGAUUUUGGGCUGGCGAGGUUGCUGCCGACGCUGGACAGAUGCAUUCUGAGCGGGAAAGUGCAGAGUGCUUUGGGGUACGUGGCGCCGGAGUUUGCUUGUCGGACGGUGAAGAUAACGGAGAAGUGUGACGUGUAUGGGUUUGGGAUCUUGGUGUUGGAGGUGGUGACCGGGAAGAGACCGGUGGAGUACAUGGAGGAUGACGUGGUGGUUCUGAGUGAUGUGGUGAGGAGAGAGCUGGAAGAUGGGAGGUUGGAGGAAUGUGUCGAUGUUAGGCUCAGAGCUGAAUUCCCGGCGGAUGAGGCGAUUCCGGUGGUGAAGCUUGGGUUGAUUUGCGCGUCUCAGGUGCCGUCGAAUCGGCCGGAUAUGGAAGAGGUUGUGAAGAUCUUGGAGCUGAUACAAAGUCCUGCAGAUGGUCAAGAGCUGAUGGAGUGAUUAGCAAAUAGGUCUUGUUAAUUCGAAACCACAUAUUUGUAUUCUGUACACUGUUGACAGUUAAUCUGUAACCCAUUUUGCUUUGAGCCUGAACUCGUUCCACUUUCAAAUCUUUCUUUUGAAAUUCAGUGAUGAAUUAUUCUAAAACGAUUUACAGGAGGCGGCUUAUGACGUUGUUGUUUCCAACUGAACAAGUCUGUGAUGAGGCGGCUUAUGACGUUGUUGUUUCCAACUGAACAAGUCUGUGAUGAGGAAAGG